UUUUUAUGGAUGUUAUAUAAAUUUCUUAAUUUAAAAUUAAUUAAAAAAAUUGUCUCCGUAUCCUUUUUGUCCUCCCAAACACACUAAAAGUUAAUUAGGAUUUUAUUUGAUUGAAAUUUUGCACAUGUUUUGUGGGGGUAAAACAAUCAAUUAAAUAGUUGAAGCUUAUAUCUCAGACAAGUAAUAUGACUUGGUAAUAAAAUAACAUUACGACGUUUAUCAUAUUCAUACAUAGCUCGAGAUUAUCACUGACUCAGCCAAGGAAAAGAAGAAAGGGAAAUCAUUGAUUUGAAAACAACUACUAUAUGUUAAGGGUAUAUUUGUGAUUUUUUUUCAAAGGAGUUGCAUGUAUUGCAUUUCUUUGCAAGUGCAGCAAAUAUCUUUUCCUUCUUUCUGGUCCAACACGUCUUUCACCAUCAUGGACAUAAUUUUCUGCUUUCUUUUACUUGAGAUUUUUAAAAGUAUUAAUUUUACGAAACAGCUUUGAUUUCUCCACUUUCCAUUAGAAAAUUUGCACAAAUCAAAUCGUCCACUUAUUCUGGUUUUCCCCCUCACAGUCAUAAAAUAAUUCUCAAUUUUAAAAUGUUACCCUUAACUUUUAGUCAUAACUCUGCAAAAUCUGUAUACAUGACUUUAUACAACUUUAAAUUAGUGCAAUCUAUUCAAAUGAAGCUACAUACAUACGGUUGCAUUCAGAUAUAACAUAAAAAAUUCAACAUCUAUGUAAAUAGAACAUCUACAGUACUGUUCAUUCCAUAGUUCCUUCUUUGAUUUGUUAUGUAGGUAAAGAAGUGAUGGGAUCAAUCAUAGGACAGAAAAAAUGUUGAUUUUCUAUUAUAAUGUAUAUGAAACUUCUAAAUUAGCAAUUGAUUGAUUAAUUAAUUUAUUACACGUAUUGAGUGAUUGAUAAUGAUAGAUAUAUAUGUCAUAGUGAUGUCACCAUUACUGGGAUGAUGUGGUUUUCAUUCUAAGUAGUAUUCUUUUUGUGUCAAUACUUAUUAUAUAACUACAAAAAAUGGAGUAUGCAAACUUCCACUGUAAGGUACUUCACCUACUUUCCUUUGUGGGGGUUCAACUUUUGACUAGUAAUAUGAUAUGGACUUGCACCCACCUAUGAAAUUAAAAAAAACACCCUUAACAACUUCAGGAAAACAAAGAUAGGGAGUUAACCUACUUCCUCAUCAUGUAAAAAGGCGAAUAACUGGUUAUCUAUUGCUUGAACUUUUGUUUUGUCUUCAUCUAUGUUUUCAAACUUCAAUCAUUAACCCCAUUACAAAAUAGUAGCAUAUUUUCGUGGAAAAAUUUCCACAAUACAUACCUACCAACCACUUUGAAAUCUCCUCUAAAUGCAUACCUUAGACUCCACACAGUUUCUCUUCUUCUCUUGUCUUCUCUUCAUCCUUUUCGAAUCUCCAGAACCAAAUGAUCCUCCAAAUCUCCUUCCAUUACAAUAAACCUCAACUAUGCAUUAUCACCACUAUCUUAUUCUUGGCUACCACUGUUCUGUCUUCUAAUCCAAAAUUUGAGGCCUGCUCACCUAGAAGCUGUGGAACUGGCCCACCCAUUAAGUAUCCUUUCUGGAUUCCUUAUGAACAGGAACCAUUUUGUGGCUACCCUCACUUUGGGAUCACCUGCAUGGACAAAAAUCCAAUUCUCAGAACUUCUAAUUAUGAGUUUUUAGUGAAAGAUAUCUAUUACUCUAACUCCUCAUUUACUGUGGCCAACAUAGAUGUCUAUGAGGACAAGUGUCCUGUUCCCUUAUAUAAUUACACCUUUGAUCAAACUCCAUUCACCUACAGUUCAGAAAAUUGGAAUCUCUCUUUCUUCUACAACUGUUCCACAGAACCUAUAGAUUACCCCACUUACGAAGUAGAUUGUGCUAAAAAUGCUACACAUUUUUCUUUUGCGGUUUUUCAUAAGGAGGCACUGGAGCACAAAAACUAUUCCUUGAAUGAGUGCCAGUUUAUGGUUAAUACGCCAUUGAACAUCAAUGAAUCUGUUAAUAUCAGUAGCUUAUUGAGAAUGAAUUACACUGAGAUUUUGAAGAUGGGGUUUGUUUUGAAUUGGACUGCACCUGAUUGCCACUACUGUGAGAAAAGUGGUGGACGUUGUGGAUUUGAUGGCAAUCAGUUCCUCUGCUUCUGCAAGGAUAAGUCCUACUUAAAAAGUUGUGGUAGUGAUCCGCGGAAGUUGAGACUCAUUAUAGGUGUUGUUUCUGGUGUGGUGGGAGCACUUGGUAUGGGCAUUAUCGGCUUUCUCUGUUAUCGUAGAAAGAAGAAUCGUUAUGCAAUCUCAUAUAUACAAUCUCGUAGCCUCUCUUCUGAUCCAUCUUCAAAAGACACUGAGAAGGGAGUUCAAAGCUUUACUCAAAGCUUUGUACCAGGAGUGCCCCUCUUCUUGUAUGAUGAACUUGAAGAGGCCACAAAUUACUUUGACUCAUCUAAAGAACUAGGAGAAGGGGGAUUUGGAACUGUGUAUUUUGGCAAACUGCGGGACGGGCGUUCUGUUGCAGUGAAGAGGUUGUAUGAGAACAACUUCAAGAGAGUUGCACAGUUCAUGAAUGAAAUUAAAAUCCUAGCAAAGUUAGUUCAUCCAAAUCUUGUGAAGUUAUAUGGAUGCACCUCUCGCCACAGCCGCGAACUUCUGCUUGUAUACGAGUACAUUCCUAAUGGAACCGUUGCUGAUCAUCUUCAUGGUCAACGAUCCAAACCUGGAAAACUCCCUUGGCAUAUUAGAAUGAAAAUUGCUGUGGAGACUGCAAGUGCAUUGAAUUUUCUUCAUCACAAAGACGUCAUCCACCGAGAUGUGAAAACCAACAAUAUUCUUCUUGACAGUGACUUUUGUGUCAAAGUGGCAGAUUUUGGACUCUCGCGUCUUUUCCCAGACCAUGUCACCCAUGUUUCAACAGCUCCACAAGGGACUCCAGGUUAUGUGGAUCCCGAGUACCACCAGUGCUACCAGCUUACUAAACAAAGCGACGUAUAUAGCUUUGGAGUGGUUCUGGUUGAGCUGAUAUCAUCCUUGCCUGCUGUAGAUAUCACAAGGCAUAGACAUGAAAUCAAUUUGUCCAACAUGGCCAUCAACAAGAUUCAUAAUCAGGCACUGCAUGAGCUUGUCGACCCUACCCUCGGGUUUGAAUCCGAUUUCAAAGUCAGGAAAAUGAUAAAUGCUGUGGCUGAGUUAGCAUUUCAGUGCUUGCAGAGUUCUAAAGAGAUGAGACCUUCUAUGGAAGAAGUGGUGGAGACUCUCAAGGAUAUACAGAGUGAUGGCAAACAUAAAAGCCAGCCUGAGGUAAUGGACAUCACAAGCACAGCUGAUGAUGUUGUGUUGCUCAAGGAUGACCCUCCUCCACCAUCACCUGAUUCUAAUGCGGUGAGCAAGUCGACAACGCCAAAUGCUAGCGGAUAAGUGGACCUUCUUUCUCACUUCCAUCAAGGCAUCAAGUUAACCUUAUCCAAAUUUAUGUAAAAGCAGAGUUAGCAUCACACUUGUAGCAGCAUCCACCCAGUUACAGCAUGCAUUUUGUCAUCUUAUGAUGAGGAUAACUUUUAUGAUUGAGAUGUAUAUAUAGAUGGUAAAGCUGCUUUGGUUAUGAAAUUUCAUCUUUUCAAUAAUUAUAGUUACAUAUUAUUAAUA